CGCGGAGAGGAGCGUGCGCCAGCUGUGUGUGUGUGUGUGUGUGUGUGUGUGUGUGUGUGUGUGGUGACAGUCGCUCGCUCUCUCGCUCAUAAGGAAGUGGAGGAGGACAUGUCGCCCAGCUGAACGCAGACAACAACCGCAAAAAAAACGCGUGGAUUUCGUUGCUCCAGCGCGAGAUUAUUCCCUCCAGCUCCGGCUUGUCAGACAUGUGUCCUCUCGUUGCUCAUCUCCUAGCAGCUUCCUCUGAGAAGGAGAUGAGCCAAGGCAGCGAUACCACAUCUGCGUGUACUUAAACCUCCCCAGCGUGAGCUAACAUCAGAUACCCGUCACUUUUUUUUGUCAAUAUUUACAUCCAAAUAUGGCCACCGUUCCUCCUGGGAUCCGCCUGCUGGUGUCCUUCAACAGGGACCAGUGGUACAGAGCGCUCACCUUCAUCCUCACCUUCCUGCUCUACACCAGCUUCCACCUGUCCAGGAAACCAAUCAGCAUUGUCAAGAGCGAGCUCCACAAGAACUGCUCAUCUGUCAGUGAGCUUGCCACCAUCGGCGCCAGCAGCGGCGCCGGCAGCGGCCCUCGCUGCUCACAGCCCAUCACAGAUAUGGACUGUAGCUGGAAGCCUUUUGACAAAAGGAACUACAAACAGCUGCUGGGAGCCAUGGACUACUCCUUCCUCUGUGCCUAUGCAGUUGGAAUGUAUCUCAGCGGCAUCAUCGGGGAGCGCCUUCCCAUCCGACUGUACCUGACGGUGGGCAUGCUGACCAGCGGCCUGUUCACCUGCCUGUUCGGACUGGGCUACGUCUACAACAUCCACAGCCUGGGCUUCUAUAUAUUUGUCCAGGUGGCUAAUGGUUUGGUCCAGACCACUGGCUGGCCCAGUGUAGUGACCUGCAUCAGCAACUGGUUUGGAAAAGGAAGACGUGGGCUCAUCAUGGGGCUGUGGAACUCCCACACCUCAGUGGGAAACAUCCUGGGCUCUCUGAUCGCUGGUUACUGGGUUUCCUCCAACUGGGGUCUGUCCUUCAUUGUACCGGGGCUCAUCAUCGCAGCCAUGGGCGUCGUCUGCUUCCUCUUCCUCAUCGAGCAUCCAAAUGACCUGAAAACCAUUCACGCUCAAAAUUCUUCUCCAGGCAAAAGAGUUCAAGACAAGAGCUGGAAUGGUGUGAAUGGACACACUGAGAUGUAUCUGCAGUACAAGGAAGGCAAAGCACAGAGUUACGACACAGAGCUGCUGUUGCCCAGAGACAGUGUGUGUGUCCCUGUGCAGCCAGUCGUGGUGGUGAAGAGGGAGUCAGAGCCAUCGCCCAUCAGCUUCAUGGGAGCCCUGCGUAUACCAGGAGUGAUCGAGUUCUCUCUGUGUCUCCUGUUCGCUAAACUGGUCAGCUACACCUUCCUCUUCUGGCUGCCGCUCUACAUCACCAAAGCAGCUCACCUCGAUGCCAAGAAAGCUGGAGAUCUCUCCACCCUGUUUGAUGUGGGAGGAAUCGUGGGGGGAAUCUUGGCAGGUGUGAUCUCUGAUAAACUGGGGAAGAGAGCCACCACCUGUGCGGUCAUGUUGCUGCUGGCUGCUCCCACGCUGUACGGCUUCUCAAUGAUCAGUGAGUUCGGUUUAGGGCCGACCAUCGGUAUGCUGCUGGUGUGUGGAGGGCUCGUCAACGGGCCGUACUCCCUCAUCACCACCGCAGUCUCUGCUGAUCUGGGAACCCACAAGAGCCUGAAAGGAAACGCCAGAGCGUUGUCCACAGUCGCCGCCAUCAUUGAUGGGACGGGAUCUGUAGGUGCAGCACUGGGCCCCCUGCUGGCUGGUCUGUUGUCUGCAGGUGGCUGGGAUCAGGUCUUCUACAUGCUGAUGACUGCUGACUUCUUGGCUCUGCUGCUUUUGCUACGACUCGUGAUGAAGGAGCUGACCACGAAUAAAUCCCGUCCCAUCUCGGCUGUAGAGCUGAAGGAGCACUGAGCACUUUGAUCACACAGGAGCACUGAGGGCAUCGAACCACUUCAGUCUGAACUGACCUGAACUCGUGUGAUAACUGGACUUUGCUGGACGUGAGAUAUUAAACACACACAUGAACACACUCUGCUGUGUGUAGUGUAGCUACACUAGUUCACUGUAAACAAGACUGUGGAUUCAUCUCUCUGAUCGGCGUCCUGGUCGUAGACCUGCUCCGUCUCCUCAGAGGAUCGUCAACACUAGCCUUCUCCGAUGUGUAUAUAAGACUACAAGUGGUAGUUAUUUAUUGUGGAUAGAAAUCUUUGAAACAGCAACUUCCAGACUGCUCCUCUUCUUCUCAUUGACCUCACCAGAAUAUCUCUGACUCAGUCGGGUUUGUAUCUAAAAUUAUACCCAAGGGACCUUUUUUUUUUUUUUAUGUAUACGUAAACUCAUCCUUCCUGUGGGACCAUGGUGGACUGAACUCAAAAAAUCGCAGCCUCUUGUGAUUUAGAUUUUGCACUUUGAUAAUGUGUCCAUUAAUAGAUGUGUGCUCACUGACGGCCAAUCAGACCAUCUGGGAGUAAUUAAUAUUGAUAACGUGGUCGUCAGAAGUGGAUUGGAAUCGUGACGAAUAAAUUCAUGUAUUUCUUUGAUUGUUAACAUAAAAGUGAACUCGUCCAUGUAGACACAUAAACUUCAGGGCGUACUGCAGUUAAACAACGUUCAAACACAUCUUCAUACUCAAACCACAUAUUAAUCAAUGACCAGUGACCAUUAGUAAAUUGAAAUAACUCACCGUUAACUUUCACACUGGACAUGAGGAGCAGUGUGAUGCUGAUCCUCCUGAUGCAGACUUCUCCUCUCUUCAUACCACUUCUCCUCAACUUCCUCCUUUACUGCUGUAAAGUACCACAGCCACUAGAGGUCACCACCUAACAAGAAAUAUAAAUAUGAACGUAAUAAGCUGCUUUCACCAGGUGGUUUGGUUUGGUGGGAUCCAUCACAUUAUAAUUUAGUGUUAAAGUUUACUUGUGAGCUUGUAGCUCCCAAGCUGCUGAAUCCCUGUGGACUCAUUCUGACAUGCCUUUGUUCCUGAUAUUUAAAGGCUGAACUGUGGAGCAGUCUGUGUCAGAAUGAUGUUCACCUUCACCCAUCACGGUCUAAAAAAGUUUAAAAAUGAAUCCUCUCUUUCACACGUCAAGCUUUGGAUGCCCUUUAAAGGUUCCCUGUGGAGUCUCAGCAGCACAAACAGAAGAAGACGGUGAGCUCGUAAACAUGAACAUAAACUAUUUCUAUAAAUACUUAAUGAGGAAGGAAAUCAACACUUUUGUUCGACCUCGAGGACACACAGUGUUCAGAUAAAUAAAACUGUUGUUUGUUUACAAGAAUCUUCACAGGGAGCCUUUAAAGGGUCAUUCCACUGAAGUGAUGAAAAAUGUCUCUCUCCUCUAGUCGAGUCUGACGCAUUAGAUCAUUUUGGUUUUGCCUCCACCCCUGAGAACACUGGAGCGAAUGUAGUUUGUGCUGCUGACACAAGAUCUGUCCAGGACCUCUGCUCCUGUUGGUUUAGAUCCCAGGUACACAAACUCUGUCACCUGGAGGGCCAAAAUUGAAAGUUAAUUCUGGGCCACAGACCAGAAGGAAGCUGUACUACAUUGUACUUUUAAGAUGCAGAAUGGUGCGUCUUGAUUAAUUGACUGACAUCCUGUGCAAAGUUUUGAGAAUUAUUAGUGAUUCUAUAAAACGUAAACAAACAUCAGGCGGCACAAAUUGAACCUCACAGUGGACCAGCUGACACGUCUUCACCCACAGAAGACAUACGCUCAUGGACACUUUAUUCUACAGCUUUCACCGUCGUCUUGGGUCUGGAUGUUGGAGUUAGUGAAGCGUCUGACUUUCUGCGUUGGAAACUGAACUUCAGUGGAUGUUCCAGUUGAACCUGCCGUCGUGGAUCUCUAAUAUUCAGAAUUAAAAAUGUGCUACUUCGGCUCUGAUGAAGCGUCCUGCCGCCCACAAUGCUAAAAAUCUCAUGAACAAAUAGAAAGUGCAUUGAGAGGAAGUAUUAAAUGGCAGAAAACAAGUUCCUCAAAAGUGCACUUAAGCACAGUACUUGAAUAUUAAUUUUACAGUUUGUCUGUGUUCAGGAACAGUUUGUUUCUGUGAGAUGUCUUUUUUAUGACUUUUUUUUUUUGUAUUUUAAUUCCUCCAAAAAUUCCCAUGUCUGUUGACUUGAGGUGAGAGUGGACAUCACCUGGACAAACACGACCAAAACCGUCCGCGUGUACAAGAUGGAAAAAUAACCACUAUGAAAAAAAUACAUAUUUAUGUGAACUGACCCUUUAAUCUAAAAGGAAACCCUCGCAGCUUCCUGUGUUCACACUGUCAGCUGGUACGCGACGCAUUUCCAUGUCUCGCGACUGAUAUUAAGUAGCUCAAAUGUUAAAAAAUAACCUUAAAAAGAAAAAUGCUCCAGAUGUGGUUUGGAUCGUUCACUCUGAGACCACUUCGCCUCCUCCGCUCAGUGGAAGUUGCUGUUUCUGCGUCACCUUGUGUUGCCUUACUGAACCAAAGAGAUUGUGGGAUCAUGUUGUAAUUUAAAUAACAGACUACUUAUUUAAGUUAUUCCUGUUGUAUUUUGUGGCAGUUUUUAAUUCAGUUUUUUUCUAAAUUUGUGAUAAAAUGAAGGCACCAAAGUUGUAUUUUUAUAUAAAACCUUCAGAUGAUGAUGUCUGUUCUUCUGUGUGGGGAAAUGAAUGUAAAGUUUUAUUUUUCAGUGCAAUGUCGAUGAGUUUCGGUUAGUGUUUAAUAUAGUUGGUUAAAGUGAUUAAAUCCAUUUAUUUGAAACUUCCGUAAUCCCAUAUUGUUAGCCAAAAAAAUCAUUUAGUUAAAUAUGGUAAAAUUAGGGCAGAGAAAGCUCAUCGUUAGUGAUUGUUCUACAUUUUUAUGACGAUAUUGUGUUAAUUUAUUGACUGUAAACAUCAUCAGAGUGAGAUCCACAGAACACAGACGCCUGGUAAUGUUCUGCAAAUGUAAACGUUGAACUCUGGGAUCAUUUCCUGUCGUGGUGUCAGCAUCGAGACGGCACUCUGGCACACGUUGUGUAUAUUUAUGAUGGUGGUCUUGUACUUGAAACAUUGUGUGCCUUGUUUGUUGUUUGUCUUUCUUGCUGGGGAGUUGAUUUUGUUAAAAAAAAAUAAAAUCAUCAAAAUGA